AUGGUCACCGAUGCCAGCCUUACCAACAUAUUUGUUGUGAAUGGCGUCUCCCAUAUACGUUAUCGAGCUUAUACCAACGCAUGCCAGCGAUCCACUCUCUUGAGUUGCUUAAAGACCCAGGCAUCGGGCUCCAACCCGCUGAUCCAAGCAUACCAUGACCUCUGUCAACUCAACAUUCCUUGCACUUGGAGAAUGACACCACGAGUCAACCAGAGUCGCGAUUCACUGUCUUUGGAGUUAUGGGUGUUUUGGUUUGAAGAUAGACAUACGGGUAUCAUUGAUGCAAAUCAACACCUUACCGAGUUGGAAGAAACCAAGAUGGGAUCAUUUACUUGGGACAAGAUCAUCAGCAGCAAAGGAGGAUCAGCAUCAUCAUCUCCAUCAUCCAAUGGCAAAGCGAGUCAGCAGCCCCGUGCAAAGUCAUUAGUAUCAUUACCCGAGGAAUACAAGCUAUUUAUCAAAUCUGUGAGGAACCUUGUCAAUAGGGCAAUGCUGAGUAAAGGAGCCAUUCCGCUGGGUGAUUUCUUCAUAUUGCAACACAAUGACAACGACACAGGCCUUUUCCAAGCAUCAUUGCCAGCUUCUAUUACAUCGACCAUGGUUGGAUGUGCAUACAAUACUUAUGUCACUGGAACAGACCUCGUGUUUCGACCUUAUACCCGACAGCUACGAUUGCGUGCCCUGGUGAAUGAGGAUUUGGAUAAUUAUGGAUUGAAAGUGAUAUUGAGUCCUUCGGGUGAACAAGCUUGCCUUACUUCAUACGUAUCGGAAAUAUCCGAACAAGUGCAAGAUGAGACAAUUCGAGAGUGGUCAUCAUUGUACAACAUGCCGAUCCAACAUCUCACUACACCAUGCACAUCUGAGCCUACUCCAGCACUACCAUCAUUGGUCGCUAUUCGUACCAAAACCAACGCCACAGCAUUAUACCCAGCCAAAUUGGUUUUUGUUCCUACGUCCACCAGACAAUCAUCAGCACGCAUGGCUGGAAUGGAUGGCGUAUUCAGCUGUGAUCGGGGUCUCACGCGUGAUAUUGGAAAGGAUUGGAAUCGAUGGUCAUGGAUCAAUGAAAUGAAUCAAAACAACAACAACAUGCCUCCUCAAGAUGGAUGUCGCAUCGAUUAUUGGUCACUUGAUGAUUCGGCUGGUAGAAUUAUGGAUGCAUUGGCAGCGGGGAAUCCUAUGCACGAGUUUGCAGUAUUGAAAAAGGCACUGGAUCAGCAAACUGUUCCUGCUGUACGAUCCAAAGCUGCUGCAAGUCGACGAUCAUCAGCACAUGACAUGGCUACUACGACUACGACAGCCAUGGAUGGGACUCAAAACGAUUCAUUGGUGGAUUUUAUUAUGCGCAAUUUCAGCAACCCUGCAGAUGAAGAUACUCCUAUGACAAUGGAAAGUGCUUUAGAAGAUUCAGCGCCAAGUGCACCUUACACAGUAACACCCACUGAUCAACAUCCUGAUGAGACACCUGUCAUUACGCAAGAUAUCGCUACCACAGAGGAUGCAUUUGGGUUGGGAUAUGGCAACGGCAUGUUUGCAACCGAACGUUGGGAUAAUGAUAUGGAUGACAACUUUGACAACUUUGAUUUCGACGUGACAGAAGCCGAUUUCGACUUUUUCAAAUCCGAAAAGAAACAACCACAACCACAACCACAACCUUCUUGCUCGAUGAUGGAUUUGGAUAAACCAGAACCUGUUAGUGAUUCGAUGAAUGUAUCAACAUUAGCACCUACAACAACAUCAACAACAACCGAUAACGUGGUCCCUGAUGCUAUCAAAAGUGAGCCAUUUGAUUUAUCAGCUCAGCCUGUUGCUCCCAUGCCAACGGAAGAAGUAGCUCAUCCACCACCCCAGCAAGCUCAAUCUAGUACAAGUCCUAUGGCAUGUGAUACAACACCCGUGGCAUCCAGUGAUGCAGGCAUCUCAACAACAGCUCCAGGCACAGUCGACAUGUCAAUAUGUACAACACCUGAUAUUCGACAACACACCUAUCAACAAUCCAUUCCUCAUGUUGUCACUACCUCCAAAGCUGGAUAUGGCAUGGAUAAUCUGAAUAUGAUACCCAAAGACUUUUCAGCUGUUGCAUUUCCUAUGGGCGUCGAUGAUGCAAAGUAUAUGGAUGGCGGCAAAUUUGACUAUAAGUCACCUUCGAAUGAUAUUGGAACGAGUGAGACUACAGACCAAGAUGUGAAGUUGAAUCGAUAUCGCCCCGACUAUGUACCACCAAAGAUCCUCGUGGAUGAAGCAAAGCGUGAGGAGGAAAAGAACAAUACCGAUGAUGGGAAAAAUGAGGAUGAUGAUGAUGCCAGUGAGACCGGAUCAACAAGUACAAAUACGUCUUCUUCGGAUGAAAGUGAUCAAAGUGAUGCCAGCUCUUCGGAUGUCAGCCUUAGCAGCCAUGGAGACGAACAAAGCGGGGAUGUGCUUGAACGAAUCCAAAAUGCACAAAUGACAUACAUUCGACGGUUGCUGGGAGAUAUCAAGAAUCGGCCAAAGCGGCAUCGUGUGGGAAAUUUAGUGAUGGAUUAUGACAGCCCAUUUCCUACCAGUAUCAUGGAUACGAUUCAACCCGAGAAAAUGAACCCAGAUGACAUCGCAUCGCUUGAUCAACUCUGUCAACAAGCUGUGUGGGGUGGUUAUCCUUUUGCAGGAGAGUUACCAGAAAGCAUGUCCGGAUCUUCGGAUGGCGUAUGUGCACGUGAGGAUGCUACAACAAUUGUCACUCGCCAAACUACUUUGAUCCAAAGCAUUCGAGGUGAUAUCACCCAUGUACCUUCUUUGCCAUCCACUUGCGUACGAGCUGUCCAAGGAUUCAAAUGUCUUUUGGAAGAAGUGUUUAGUCAACAAACACCUGAUGGGGCAGCACCAGCCGACGUAUCCGAUGCCAUGGAUUCUCCAUCCACGACCACAUCAACACUUGUAGGCGGUGUCAGUAUCAAAGGACCACUCAAAGUACAGGAAUACUACCAGCUUCUCGAGACCACACCAACCCAAUCAAGAUACUAUGGCAAGUUCCAAGUCAAAAAGAAACGGUCGACAGAACCAGAUUUGCAAUCUCUUGGUCCACCUGAUAUUGUCGUGGGGAGAAAUGAUGAUUGGUUGGAAGGAUCUCCUGGGAUGAUCCAUGUAUGGGAAAAGAUAAAGUUGGAGCCCUAUUCUUUCAAGAACAACAUCCGUUACUUUGCUCUGUAUCCAGAUAAUCAAGAAAUGACCAAGGCUGUUUCAACAUUCAUUGCAAAUCUUUCAUGUGCCUAUGAGGUGUGCAAUUUGGGCACCCAUUUACCAGGUCGGGCAGAGCCCUUUACUGGUGGCGUUGCUGCUGUACCUCUUCAUGCAAAUACAUCAUGGACAACAGCUUAUAAUGACGCAUGUGAAAAAUUGGGAACAACUCUCGGCAUGACCAAUAUGCUGGCGCAGGAACGCAACACUACCAACAUUGUAAUAUAUCUGAUCAACCCAUCCACACAGCUCUCCUCCAAUUUGGCACUGAGCCGUGCUUUCCGUACACUUGUAUCGGCGUAUACCGCUGUUUAUCGACGUUUUGGACGAGCUACUAUUCAUCCACGUGCCUUGGCGAUGCAAAUCAUACCUGCUGAACAUGUCCUUCGAAUGGGUGAAUCAUGCACAAUGCCCGUAUUCAAAGAUAUCGCAUUCUCAGUCUACAGUCAAUGCCAUUCGACACUUCAGCGAACAAAGAAAGUGGAUAGCACACGAUCCCAUUCGCUACUAUACACACCACCUUGGGUGAUAGCCCAACGAGUACCUGAUACCAUCCGAUUUUCCUUUAAGCGACCCCUAGUUCCAUACCCCACCGUCAUUGUGGAUUCAGAUGCUAUGCUUCAUAUGGUUUACAGCUUCAGCUUAGAUCGACGGUGGAUGAUUACAGUUUGGACAGACCAUCGUGGUGAACUUAUUGAAUUUGCUGUGCUCGAGAUUCAAGCUGCCGUUGUCGCUGGAAAACCCAAUGGCUCUCCACUUGUUCAGGUGUUUGCAGAAGCAUGGUCAAGGACAAAAAAGCUUGCUCAUAGAACUGGUUUCUCGUGGCAAUAUGCAAUAGCCAAGAUGGGUUUGAUUUUCGAGAGUGAAUUACAAGCUUGGGAGGAUGUAUUAUGCUCUGCGGGUGACCAUGAUGAAAAAGUGGCCAUUGUGUGUAUCGACAUUGAUUCACCUUUGACUAUCGACAUGUUUCUUUCCAACACCAACAAUUCGCUAAGUGCCGAGGAAUUGACAGCCCAAGCCAUGAGUCAAUUAUCAGAGCGAUAUACCUACUCAUCAUCCUCAUCCUCACCGACACCAACCGAUUCUCCACGAAGUAAAGAAAACAAGACAAAACCACAGCCGGCAAUGGAUCCUAGCACUUUGUUAAUCCUGCUCAAUCAUCGUAUGGCGUAUUCAAGACAACGCGUGAAUAUAUAUCAAGGCGAUUUGUCAAUGGAAUCAAUGAACGAGUUGGAUCGAUGGAUGUUACCUUUAUCGAGCGGUUACCUUGUAAAGCAGAAUUCAUCACAAGAGGCAGCGGUAUCUUGUAGACAGCCAUCCAUUCUUGAGCUACACCUGGUUUAUAAUAAGCAAAGCCGAAAUGCACGUACGGCACUCCGCGAGAUAAUGAAGCAGUACAAUGCGCUAUCAUACGUCAAUCAUCCUCCAUCCUAUGCAAGAAUGCACGCCUCCAUGUUGCCAAAUCAUCUCGUAUUGGUUGAACGUCUCACUCGCAUUUUACUCGUGGUCGGAUCAUGA